AUGCCAAUUUUUGGGCAAAGAAUUAGAUCUACGAAGCCAGCAAUAAACCGAGUAGAGAUGGGUAAAGUUUCUAAAUCAACGAAAAAGUUUCAAUCGAAACAUUUGAAGCACACCCUCGACCAAAGAAAGAAGGAAAAGAACCAAAAGAAGAGAAUCCAAGGUCGUCGUGGUAAUAAGACUGAUGAAGAAAAAGCCAAUGCUGCUGGUACUAAAGAAUUCCAACAGUUGAAAAAAGCUUCUAAGGAGGAAGUUUUCAAAGACAUGUCUGUGGAAAACUUCUUUGAAAAGGGUAUUGAAAUUCCAAAAGAGAAUAAAAAAUUGAAAAAGAAACAGACUGCCAAGGAUGAAUCUGAUGAGGACUCAUCUUCCGAGGAAGAAGAGGACAUGGGACAAAGCAUGGCAAAGCUGGCUGAAAAGGAUCCAGAGUUUUACAAGUAUUUGGAAGAAAAUGAUAAGGAUUUGCUGGAUUUUGGAGGAAGCAAUCCAUUGGAUGGAAUUAACGGUGAAGAUGAAGAUGCUGAAGCUGGCAAGAAAAUCACUGAAACAUCUGAACAAGUUGAGCAUGUAAAAGAGAAGGUUGCGCUUUCUUUGAAGUUGGUUAAACAAUGGAAAACACAAUUACAUGAUUCGCCAAACUUGAAGCUAUUGAGGAACAUUGUCAGUGCUUUCAAGGUGGCUGUAAAUUUGAAUAAAGAAGAAAACAUUGAAGACUACAAGUACGCAAUUACCGAUGAAAAGGCAUUUCACGAACUGAUGUUUAUGGUCUUGAAGGAUGUACCACAGGCAAUUCAGAAAAUGGCCCCAUACAAGAUUGUUAAAGGUUCAAGAACUUUACCAAAUGGAGGUACCGUUUCAAAAAUGUCGUCCAUUGUCAAAUCGCAUGCUGGUUCUCUAUUGAUCUUAUUGAACGAUAUUACCAAUACCGAGACUGCUGCUUUAAUUUUGCAUUCUGUCAAUGAAUUGAUGCCUUACCUUUUAUCAUAUAGAAGGAUCUUAAAGGAACUUAUCAAAUCAAUUGUUGAUGUAUGGUCGACAACGAGAGAAUUGGAAACACAGAUUGCUUCUUUUGCCUUCUUGAUAAACACCACCAAGGAAUUCAAGAAAUCCAUGCUAGAAACAACUUUGAAAACCACUUACUCUACUUUCAUUAAAAGUUGUCGUAAAACAAAUAUGCGUUCUAUGCCUUUGAUUAAUUUCCAAAAAAAUUCAGCUGCUGAACUGUUCGGUAUUGAUGAAGUCGUCGGUUACCAAAUCGGGUUUGAAUAUAUUAGACAGUUGGCCAUCCAUUUAAGAAACACUAUGAACGCAACGACUAAACAAUCAAGCAAAGUUAACUCUGCUGAAGCUUACAAAAUUGUAUACAACUGGCAAUUUUGUCAUUCCUUAGAUUUCUGGUCUCGCGUUUUAUCAUUUGCAUGUCAACCAGAAAAGGAAAAUGGCCGUGAAUCUCCACUGAGACAGUUGAUUUAUCCAUUGGUUCAAGUUACUUUAGGUGUAAUCAGACUAAUUCCAACGCCUCAAUUUUUCCCAUUAAGAUUUUACCUGAUUAAAUCACUAAUUAGACUUUCUCAAAAUAGUGGCGUAUUCAUUCCAAUAUACCCUCUUCUUUCUGAAAUUUUAACCUCAACUGCUUUCACUAAGGCACCUAAGAAAAGUGUCAACCUGGCCGCUUUUGACUUUGAUCACAAUAUCAAAUGUACACAAGCUUACCUAAACACUAGAGUAUACCAAGAAGGUUUAUCUGAACAAUUUGCGGACUUAUUAGGUGAUUAUUUUGCUCUAUAUUGUAAAAACAUCGCAUUUCCCGAACUUGUGACACCAGUGAUUAUCUCCUUGCGUCGUUAUAUCAAGACUUCGAUUAACAUCAAAUUCAACAAACGUUUAUCAAACAUCGUCGAAAAAUUAAACCAAAAUAGCGCAUUUAUUCAAGACAAGAGAUCUGACGUUGAAUUUGGGCCAAACAACAAAUCCGAAGUUUCAAGAUUCUUGAACGAUGUAGCUUGGGAGAAAACGCCUUUAGGUUCAUACGUUAUUGUGCAACGCGAAGUCAAAGAAGAAAAGGCUAGAUUAAUGAGAGAAAGUUUGGAAGAGCAAGACAAAGAAAAAGAAAUGGAUGAAGUCAAACUGUUAAGAGAUCUCGAAAGUGAUGAAGACAACGAAGACGUUGAAAUGUCAGACGCUUAG